GUUUCUAUAGCAACUGGUCAAGGCUUCUUCCGAAGAGCCGACAACAAACCAACAUUCCCUCACUCGCGCUCCGGGUUCUAAUCAGAAAUCGAACGCAAAAUGGAAAAGACUGCUACUAUAGGCUGUGACACAUGGAAGAAUGCGAGUGUAAGGAACAUUCGUCUGGGGCAGACGGUUGUGAAUCGGUCGGAUAAAGCUUGUGAUAUGGGACAACAGCUAGAUCCUUUGCCUUCUUUGCGAGACACGAGUAUCCAACAAAGCAAUGCACGGAUUCACGCUUAUGUGAGGGCUACCAGAGCAGUCCUUGUAAAGCUACAGGAAAAUCUAUUAGACACGAAUGAAGAAAUCAAGUCCUUGAUAAAGGGGAAAGAGACUUUGGAGAAAACUUUAGAACACAUCCGCAAAGAUAUUGUCCUAAACAAUAAGUCGACCUCUAUAAGAAAGACUCGCCCCCCUCGUGAAAAGAGUCCUGAUGGAGCUGAUGACUUGCUAACAGCUGAGCGCAAACAUCUCCUCAAACUGAAGAGAAUCCUUGAAGCACAGUUACGCUCAGCUCAGAAGCAACUCCAGGUUCUUGAUGCAAACAGAAAGAGAUUACGAGCUGCUGUCCAGGAAAGGUCCAGGGUCAUGGACUUGAUAUGCCAUGCCGUGUCAUCUGUCCGUGGUGCUGGCAUCAAGGACCAGAUAGAAAGGCCAAGCACACCAGAAGUUGAGCCACUUGGGCCCUAUACUCCAGAGUGCGCAAGGGUUAUAUCUGAAGCAGCUGACGCAAGGCAAAGGUCUAGCACCCUGAGGAAGGAGGUAGCAGAGGCAAUAGAGCAGACCAUCAAACUACAGAAGGCUGCUCAUAACUCAGUUAAUGAUGGACUCACACAGAAAGUGGCAGAGACUGUUUCCGUGAGGCAACAUCUUCAAGUUGGUGGAGGUGAGCUGAGGAUGUCCAUCCAUCGUAGCAAGAGAUGGUAUAAUGCCACUGAGAUGGCUUUGGGAUACACACUGGGCCCAGUGGCGUACUCUGACCUUACAACCAGGGAGCACCUUGACAGGCCUACAGUCAAGAUCUUCCAACGGCAUCCUGGAAACCAGCUGCCAGAGGCACGUGAAAUCGGGCGUGGUGGGCAGGGACUCCAGGAAUCCCUGAAUGCCACUGCUCGUAACAUUGGCUUGCUGAAACUUACGAAGGAUAGAAUCGACUCUGAUGCUAGUGACAAGCAUCAUGCAUCUCUGAUUGAUUCUAAUGUUGUGAGGGAUAGGCGUCGUCAUGCCAACCACCGCUGGGUUCUGACAGGCAUUGGUUACUAAGGGCAAUCAGAUGACACAUGUAUGCCAUAUUUGGCAAAAUAGCCAGGGGUUGUACAUACUGUUACUCAAACUGAAUAAGCCAACACUUCUUCACAGAUGCACAGCAAAUUCAAUCACUAAACAAAUGUGGAUGAUGGAUAAUGCACAAUAUUUUUAAAAUGUCUAUGAAUUUGCGUAUAUUGACUGUAAUGAACUUAUAACCCUGUCUCAAUGCAUUCUGUUGUAAAUGAUUUCAACCAAAGCAAUCAACUUCACAAGUUUGUCUCAACAUUUUUACAAGUCCUUAAAAGAGUGAUUUAUAAAUAAUAUAUUAUUAAUAGAGUGUUUAUUUUAGUGUGUAUAGCAGGAAACAACUUAACUGAAAUCAACCAUUAAUUUAUUGAACUUUUUUAAAACAUAGUGGGAUGGCAAUGACAUAUGCCAGUUAUUUAUUAAAUGUUUACGCUUCUGUGUGAUUAACAUUUUAAUAGAUAAUAGUUGGCCAACAUUGUGGAUCCCCAAAGUGGAAUUAUCCACAUUGUCAAGAAAGUCCAAUCAUGCUUGCCUCUACUGACAUAAAAAUGUUACUGCAGCAACCAUAAUUAAUUGUCUUUUGCAGUGACAUUUUAAGAUCAACAUACAGCCCCUCAAACACUUAAAAAAUCAUUAAAUAAUUUUCGAAGCUUUUCUAAGGUGCGGUACAUACUCUCUACCUGCAUAGUUUUCAAGUGUAGCUUGAAUUCUUAUUUGGUAAUAAUAAUAAAAAUACUGUAAGUGUUUGUA